GAGAGGGAGAGCAAGCAGAACGUGUCAGAUCGGUGGAAGCCGUGCAGUGUGAGGGCGACAGACAGAGAGCGAGCGAAGAGCAUGGGAACAAAGACUAGGGAUUCCGUCGUUGCUAGGAUGAAAACCAUGAUGCUCCGAUCAGUGCGUGAAGAGUGGGGUUUCUCCAAGACAUGCACCGUGGCCUAGUUCAGGUAACGACCCGCCCCUUUACCUGUCUGUUACCUGUUACCAUGGAGACCACUGUUUCACCAUAGAGGAGGAUAUUCCUCAACCAACCAGAGUGGAGUUCGCUUUCGACCAGAAGGAUUCAAAAGUAUUUCCCAGGAUACACUGCUUCUCACUGGCACUCAUUAUUGUUAACGUGGCAAUGGCCUUUCCUUGACCUCUGCAGCAGGAGGAGGAAGAGUUUCUUUGUGUGGUUUGUUGGGCUUGCCACCACUCCUCAAUAUGGAGAGGAACUUUACUCUUAUGAAGCGUAAUAGUUCUUGAUCAAACUGGACAUCAUCAAGACAUAUUCUUAGUUAACAAACUGACCGAUGAGAUGAUCUGCAUCAUCCUGGCCCUGCCCAUGUGGGCGUGGCGUGGGACUGUUGGCGAUUCCCAGGCUAACGAGCGGCGCGUCGUGGCACACAUCCCUGGUGACAUCAUCAUAGGAGCCCUGUUCUCUGUCCAUCACCAGCCGACAGCGGACAAGGUACACGAACGUAAAUGCGGCUCGGUGCGCGAGCAGUACGGUAUCCAGCGUGUUGAGGCCAUGCUGCACACUCUAGACCGUAUCAACGCUGACCCCCGUAUCCUCCCCAACAUCAGCCUGGGCUGUGAGAUAAGAGACUCCUGCUGGCACUCUGCUGUGGCCCUGGAACAGAGCAUUGAGUUCAUACGAGACUCCCUGGUGUCCUCCGACGAGGCCGAGGUGGGGGGAGGCAGUGUGUGGGGGGGCGGCGGGGGAGGAGCCGACGGGAGGGGAGGGCCGAGGUGUGCGGACCAUGCUGCAACCCCCAUGCGGGGGAAGAAGCCCAUCGUUGGGCUGAUAGGACCAGGCUCCAGCUCUGUGGCCAUCCAGGUCCAGAACCUCCUACAGCUCUUCAACAUACCCCAGAUCGCCUACUCUGCUACCAGCAUGGACCUCAGUGACAAGAGUUUGUAUAAGUACUUUAUGAGGGUGGUGCCAUCAGAUGCUCAGCAGGCCAGAGCCAUGGUGGACAUUGUCAAGAGAUACAACUGGAGCUACGUCUCUGCCAUCCACACCGAGGGUAACUACGGGGAGAGUGGGAUGGAGGCCUUCAAGGAUAUGGCUGCCAAGGAGGGCAUCUGCAUCGCCCACUCUGGUAAGAUCUGGAGCAACGCGGGGGAGAAGAGUUUUGAUAGGCUGCUGGAGCGUCUCAGAACCCACCUGCCCAAAGCCAGGGUGGUAGCCUGCUUCUGUGAGGGCAUGACAGUCAGGAACAUCCUCAUGGCCAUGAGACGGCAGGGACUGGUGGGGGAGCUCCUACUGGUCGGCAGUGAUGGCUGGGCGGACCGGUACGAUGUGACAGAUGGGUACGUGCGCGAGGCGGCGGGCGGAAUCACCAUCAAGCUGCAGUCAGCUGAUGUGAAGUGGUUUGAUGAGUACUACCUGAAGCUGCGGCCAGACAACAACCUGAGAAACCCCUGGUUCCCUGAGUUCUGGCAACAUCGCUUCCACUGUAAGCUGAAGGGACACCCACAGGAGAGCCUCAAGUACAACCGCACCUGCAGCAAGCGGGAGUCAUUGCGACAGCAGUAUGCCCAGGACACUAAGAUGGGCUUUGUGAUCAAUGCCAUCUACUCCAUGGCCUAUGGGCUCCAUAACAUGCAGCGCUCACUCUGCCCAGGGUACCAGGGGCUGUGUGAUGCCAUGCGACCUAUAGAUGGUUCCACACUGCUGGACUUCCUGAUGAAGACCAACUUCACAGGCGUGUCUGGAGAGGGCAUCCUGUUUGACGAGAACGGAGACUCGCCUGGCCGAUAUGAGAUCAUGAACUUUAAGAAGAUGGGACAGGACUACUAUGACUAUAUUAACGUAGGGAGCUGGGACAACAGUGGGCUGAAGAUCGAUGACGAUGAAAUCUGGGCCAGCAAGGACACCAUCAUCAAAUCAGUCUGCAGCGAACCCUGUGACAAGGGACAGAUAAAGGUGAUCCGUAAAGGAGAGGUGAGCUGCUGCUGGACCUGCACUCCCUGUAAGGAGAAUGAGUUUGUGUUUGAUGAGUACACCUGCCGAGCCUGUGACCUGGGCUCCUGGCCUACCUUCCACCUCACAGGCUGUGACCCUAUCCCAGUGGAGUACCUGCAUUGGGGGGACCCAGAGCCCAUUGCUGCUGUGGCAUUUGCUUGUUUGGGACUCUGUGCCACAUUCUUCGUUACCUCCGUCUUCAUCAGGUUCCGGGACACUCCGGUGGUGAAAUCGUCCAGCAGAGAGCUGUGUUACAUCAUCCUGGCUGGGAUCUGUCUGGGUUAUCUGUGUACCUUCAGCCUCAUCGCCAAGCCCCAUGAUGCACACUGCUACCUACAGAGACUGGGCAUAGGCCUGUCCCCUGCCAUGAGCUACUCUGCCCUGGUCACCAAGACUAACCGUAUAGCCCGUAUCCUGGCUGGCAGUAAGAAGAAGAUCUGUACUAGGAAGCCCAGGUUCAUGUCUGCAUGCGCCCAGCUCAUCAUCGCCUCUCUACUCAUCCUGCUGCAGCUGGGCAUCAUAGUGGCUCUCUUCCUCAUGGAGCCCCCACAGGUGAUCCACGACUAUCCCAGCAUCCGGCAGGUCAAUCGCAUCUGUUACACCACCAACCUGGGCGUGGUGGCGCCGCUGGGCUACAACGGCCUGCUGAUCCUGAGCUGCACCUUCUACGCCUUCAAGACGCGCAACGUCCCGGCCAACUUCAACGAGGCCAAGUACAUCGCCUUCACCAUGUACACCACCUGUAUCAUCUGGCUGGCCUUCGUGCCCAUCUACUUCGGUUCCAACUACAAGAUCAUCACCAUGUGCUUCAGCGUCAGCCUCAGUGCCACUGUGGCGCUCUGCUGCCUGUUCGUACCCAAGGUGUAUAUCAUCCUGGCCAAGCCAGAGCGUAACGUACGCAGUGCUUUCACUACGAGCACGGUAGUACGCAUGCACGUGGGUGAUGGGAAGUCCUCCUCAGCCGCCAGCCGCUCCUCCAGCCUGGUCAAUCUCUGGAGGCGACGCUGCUCCGCUGGAGAGACACUCAGUUCCAAUGGGAAGUCAGUAUCCUGGGCCCAGACGGAGCGGGGUUCCCGUGGAAACCACCUGUGGCAGCGCCUGUCGUUCCACAUCAAGAGGAAGGAGAACAAUCAGACAGCUGUCAUUAAGCCCUUCUCCAAGACCCCCGAGGGGCGCUACAGUGGGGGCGCUGACCUUCACCCCCACAUGCCGUCCCUCCCCCACUCCCACCCUGAUGCAGACAAGACCCUGUACGAGCUCACAGAGGCAGAGGAGAGAUACACAGAGGAGAGAUACCCAAUUACCUACCGGCCCCAGACCCCUUCACCAAUCAGUACUGUCAGCCAGCACCUGCAUAGGGCGGGACUAAGGGAGGAGCCGCUUGUGAUGGGUGUACCGACCUCCCUGACCGGGGGUUCUGUCGCCGGGGGCGAUGUGUUUGACAGUUCCCUGAUGGAUCAGAUCAGCUGCGUGGUUAACCGUUUCACUGCCAACAUCAGCGAACUCAACAGCAUGAUGCUCUCCCCGUCUCCCACACACUCAUACACAUACUCUCACACACACACCCUGACGCCCUCCCACCCUGCAGACCCCUUCCUCCUCCCCCGGGAGAUCCCCCUCACCAUGACCACAUACGCUGACAUCCAGCCCCUUCCCCUUGUCGAGUCCUACGUAGGUGGACACGCCGGCCUCACUCACCCCCUGCCUCACCCUCGCCUCCUAACUCACCCUCAGGCCUCCCACUCUCCGGUGCGACACCUCACUGUGGGAGUGGAGUCCCCUCUAAGGAGGGCAGAGCUGGAGGAGGAGCUAAUGAAUUUGACCCCGCCCUCACCCUUCCGUGAUUCGCUGGGGUCAGGAAGUGGCUCCCCGGUCUCAGAGUCCACCCUGUGUCUGCCCCCGCCCUCGUCCCCUCCGCCCAAAUACGAAAUGCUGACCCUGAGAAACUACAGCCAGAGCUCUUCCUCACUGUGAGAGAGAGAUGAGAGGCGAUGAGAAGAGGAGGAGAGUGGAAGGACAGAGAAGGAGAGGGACCCUGGAAAAAACAGUCUCUUGAGGGGAGAUAAUGGUGAUGGCUACCUUGUGAUAGUGGGAGGA